AUGUCGUCCGACGAGGAGGACGUUGCUAUUCCUAUUUUAUGGUUUCUUUUAAGAGAAAUUGAACAGGAAGAAAAUAAAAAAAAACUUUGGGUUCAUCCUUUGAACUUGAAACGAACUGAAAAUAAUACAAUUAAAUGUUUUAUUCAUGAACUUCGAAAUGACGAAUGUAAAUUUAGAAAUUUUACACGAAUGAGUACCGACACGUUUGAUUAUAUUCUAGAAAUAAUUAACGAUGAAAUUCGAAAACCUGAUACUAAUUUCAGAAAAAGUAUCACUCCAGAAGAGAAAUUAUUGGUGACAUUGAGUUAUUUGGCAACGGGAGAGCGAUUUCAACGUCUUCAUUACCAAUUUCGCCUAGGUGCUACGACAAUAGGAUUGAUAACUAAUGAAGUAUGUACUGCUAUAUGGAAAUUAUUAUCACCCAUUUAUUUGCUAACGCCUAAAGAAAAAGACUGGAUUAAAAUUUCAAAUGAGUUCAAUAAAAUUUGGAAUUUUCCUAAUUGCACAGGAGCAAUUGACGGUAAGCACAUUACUAUUCAAUGUCCACCAUGUGCUGGUUCCGAGUAUUUUAAUUAUAAAGGGUUUCACUCAAUUGUGCUUCAAGCAGUGGUUUAUGCUCACGCAAAAUUUAUAACAAUCGAUGUUGGGGAUUAUGGCCGGUCCAGUGACAGUGGAAUAUUUAAUGAAUCUAGUUUUGGUAAAAUGUUACUACACAAUGAAUUAAAUUUGCCACCACCAAGAAAAAUUCAUAAUGAUAUCAAUGAAGAAUAUCUUUUUGUGUUUGUUGGGGAUGAAGCAUACCCUUUAUUACCAGGCCUGAUGAGACCUUUUCCGCGUAGGAACUUAACAAACGAAAAACGUAUUUUUAACUAUCGACAGUCGCGGGCAAGACGAAUAGUAGAAUGCGCAUUCGGAAUUAUGGUUAAGAAAUUUAAAGUGCUGGAAAACAAAAUUGUGGUCAGCCCAGAAAAAGCUACCCAAAUCGUAAAAGCUAUUUGUGUAUUACAUAACUUAAUUAUGACGAGAGAGCAACAUUGUAUUGAUAUUCAAGAAUUUAUAAAUUCUCAACAACAGAAUGAAAUAAUUGAACAAGAUAUCAGUAGAAUUAGAUCUUCUAAUAAUAGAUCUUCCACAGCAGCAUUAUCACUUCGAAAUAAAUUUACAGAAUAUUUUAAUUCAAAUAAAGGUUCUGUAUCCUGGCAAAAUAAAUACACUGUAUAG